AUGAAAACAUUCUUUAUUUUUUACCUGGCCAGAUUUCUUUUGCUUAUUUAUGCAAAUCCACUUAAUGAAUUGGAUAAUGAUGAUACACCAGGUAAAGUUCACACUUUAUAUCAGCAACAUUAUUCAAAAUACAAACGAUACCUGAAGGAAUUUGGUAAACAACAUGAUUCAGCUGUUCCGGAACCAAUUCGGUUACUUAAAUUUGCUCAAUCCAUAAAAAUGAUUGAUGAACACAAUCAACGUUACAGUAAAGGAUUGGUAAAGUACGAACUUGGUCUGAAUGAAAUGAGCGAUUGGACAGAAGAAGAGAAAAAAAAGCUUCAUGGAUAUUAUCCAAAUAUGACUGCAAAAGUGGCGACAAAUUUAACUGAAAUAAUCGGGAAGGAACUAUCCAGAAGAAUUCCAAGUUCGAUUGAUUAUAGAAGAAAAAUAACUCGUAUACCGGUAGUAAACCAAAAUAAAAAGCGAGCUCCAAGACUAUCAGUACAGCAGGUAAUGGAUUGUAGUGGAAUGGAAAAAUGUGAUGGCAAAGGCGGAAAUGACGUCCAGGGUCGCUGUCAAGUAUGUUUUAUUUUCUCGGCAUUAUCAACGCUCGAAAUGUAUAUUACUCUUAGAAAUAAAAAACGAGCUCCAAGACUAUCAGUACAGCAGGUAAUGGAUUGUAGUGGAAUGGAAAAAUGUGAUGGCAAAGGCGGAAAUGACGUCCAGGUUUUGAAUUGGGUUGCUGAGAAUGGUGUUACAACCGAUAAAUAUUAUCCAUAUAAAGAGGCUGAUAGUAUUUCAUGUCCAGGAAGAAUACCAGGUCUUCUAAAAGCUAAAUUGGCUGGUGGUAUUUAUUUACCUUAUAAUAAUGAAGAUAUUCUCAAAAAAGUGUUAGCAUUGUAUGGACCAGUUGCUGUAUCAUUGCAUGCAUCAAAACCAGACUUUGUCGCUUAUCGAGGUGUAGCGGUUGGUUAUGGUGUUCAUAACGGCAAACAAUAUUUUAUCAUCAGAAAUAGUUGGGGUCCAACAUGGGGUAAAAAAGGAUACGGUUAUAUUCGUGCUGGAGUAUUUAUGUGCGGUAUUGGUCGUUCUUCGGCAAUACCAAUCUUCGAGUGA